AUGGCCCAGACAGUCAGUUUUGACAUCGCACCCGAAAAAGAAGCCGGCAAGCUCCAGUUCCUUCGCCGACAGUUGUUCGGAGCCGCGCCGGCGGUUUUGCGACUUGAUGUCAACCUUAAGGGCAAGACUGCUGUCGUUACAGGGGCCAACGGUGGCAUUGGCCUCGAAUGCUCACGACAGCUCCUUAAACUUGGUGUCAGCAAGCUCAUUCUCGCAGUUCGUGACGAGGCCAGAGGCGAAGCCGCCCGCGAGGCCCUGAUAAACGUGAGAGGACUUGAAAUCAACCAAACCAUCGAGGUCUGGAAGUUAGAUUACACAUCGUACAGCUCUAUUGAUACCUUUGUGCAAAGAGUGAACGCUCUUCAACCUCGGCUUGACAUCGCUAUCCUUAACACCGGCGCCAACCGCGGUCACUUCAACAUCUGCCCGGCGACAGGCCACGAGGAAGACUUGCAGACGAAUUACCUGUCAACCGUCCUGCUAACCCUUCUCCUUCUCCGAGUUUUCAAAAAAGCUAAAUCCACCACUAGUCUGCCUGAAUUUGUCCCAGGACGCAUCGUCCUCGUAUCAUGCGAUAACGCCGCGUGGGCAAAAUUCCGCGAGAAGAUUCAGGAGUCGUUGCUGAAUGCCUUUGACAACGAGACCCUGUGGGAAAGAAUAGAUAGAUACGCCACUACUAAGCUCAUGGGCCAGCUAUUCAUAUCCGAAUUAGUUAAACACGUAUCGCCAUCACUGGCCGUUGUCAAUUGCGCCAACCCAGGUCUGUGCUAUGGCACAGCUCUCGGGAGGGAACUAGGUUUAUUUAACAGUAUGUUUGUUAACAUCUUCGGCCGGGUACCAGUCACAGGAGCUCGUUCGCUCGUACAUGCCGCGGUCAGACAGGACGAAAGAUCGCAUGGACAGUAUGUUGAGGAUGGUGAAUUAAGACCAAUGGCGCCAUUUGUAUAUUUUAAAGAAGCAAAAGAGGUUACUCAACGGCUUUGGGAGGAGACUAUGGAGGAGCUCUCUUUUGCAGGGGCUCAAGACAUUUUCCAGGGCCUAGUUCAGGCUUAG